AGUAAUCUCGACGCUGAUUGGCCGAGACGGAACUCGAACCUCAUUCAAGGGAGACUGGACCAAAAUCAAACGAGCGCCCUUGAAGGAAAUUCCCGGCAGGACAAGGGACUUCAGGUUCCAAGGACGAGUAACAGAGAGGGGGCGAGACUUCUGAAAACCUAACAAAAAAUACAAAAAAACAGACAGCCAUGCCUCAACAGGUCUCCCCCUACGCGAUCCUGGAGGGGCAGUACGAGCUCCACGAGACCAUAGGCUCGGGAGGGUUUGCCAAGGUGAAGGUGGCGACGCACAUCCUCAGCGGCGAGAAGGUGGCCGUCAAGAUCAUGGACAAACGGCAGCUUGGGGAUGAUCUCCCUCGCAUUUACCUGGAGAUCGAAGCCAUGAAACAGCUGAGCCACCAGCACGUGUGUAAGCUUUACCAGGUAUUAGAAACAGAGACAAAAAUAUUUAUGGUGCUAGAAUACUGUCCAGGUGGAGAGCUCUUUGAUUACAUAGUGGAGAGAGACAGACUAGAGGAGGAUGAGGCUAGGCUAUUUUUCAGACAAAUUGCAUCAGCUGUUGCUUACAUUCACAGCAUGGGGUAUGCACACAGAGAUCUGAAGCCAGAAAACCUAUUGCUAGAUGAUGACCAGCAAUUAAAACUCAUUGACUUUGGUUUGUGUGCCAAUCCUGCCGGUGGCAUGGACCAGAGACUGGCAACCUGCUGUGGCUCCCCUGCUUAUGCGGCACCAGAGCUAGUAUCAGGCCACCAGUACCUUGGUUCUGAGGCAGAUAUUUGGAGUAUGGGGGUCCUGUUGUAUGCGCUACUCUGUGGUUUUCUUCCCUUUGAUGAUGAGAACUUGGGUGCUCUUUACAGAAAAAUUCAGGCUGGUGUGUACGAGAAACCAGAGUGGCUGAGCGCAGGCAGUCGAGACUUCCUGCACACCAUGCUCCAGGUCGAUCCCAAGAGAAGAAUCACAAUCACACAACUCCUCAAUCACCCUUGGAUUGUGUUGGGGCAGCCUCAUGGCGUUGAUGCCACCUCCAAGUACAAGACUUGUGGCGUGGACGAGGACGUGAUCACCGAAAUCGCCGUCCACCAGGGGAAAUCGCGAGUGGCUGUGAGGCAGGCUGUUUGUCGGUGGUCCUACGACUACCUCACAGCCACCUACUUCCUCCUGGUGACGCAGAAGAUGAAGGGCAAACCCAUCCGCCUGAUCCAGAAAGUCACGCCUCUUGGGGAGAUCCCUUCGCAGAGAACCCCCGCGCGGUGCCUGAUGGAACAGCUGAACAAAGAGAAGCCAGUAGACGUGCCCUGUGGGAUGCCCAACAGCCUCGGUAAUUCCCCCCGCGGCCUCCACACGUCCCUGGAAGGAGGCCUAGAUGACAUCGAUCUCUUGUCCAUCUGCAAAGUCACGCCCAUUGAUCAGCUCGUGGAUAAAGUCGUUGGCAAAACCACCAACCCCGAACUCGAACUGACGCCCCUCGUGUCGCCCAAGAAGCGCCGGCCUCCCUCGGUGGGCGACGACGACAAGGAGAACUUCGCCCAGCCGCGCGUCCCCACCCCGGGCCACAAGUCAAGGAAGAAGGCCACCCCGUCGACGCCCC